AUGUCAGGCCUGCUCUCAGUCUUCUUCCACCUCCUCUUUCUCUUCAAGUUGGUUGCCCCAGUGACCUUUCGCCACCACCGCUAUGAUGACCUUGUGCGGACGCUGUACAAGGUGCACAACGAAUGCCCCUACAUCACGCGGAUUUACAGCAUCGGGCGCAGUGUGAAGGGGAGACACCUCUAUGUGCUGGAAUUCAGCGACUACCCUGGAAUCCACGAGCCCUUGGAACCAGAAGUCAAGUACGUGGGGAACAUGCACGGCAACGAGGUGCUGGGCCGCGAGUUGCUGCUGCAGCUGGCGGAGUUUCUGUGCGAGGAGUUCCGGAGCGGGAACCAGCGCAUCGUGCGGCUGGUGGAGGGCACGCGCGUUCACAUCCUGCCGUCCAUGAACCCAGAUGGCUACGAGGUGGCUGCCGCCCAGGGCGCAGACGUUUCUGGAUACCUGGUUGGCAGGAACAAUGCAAAUGGAGUGGACCUGAACCGCAACUUCCCUGACCUCAACACCUACAUCUACUACAAUGAGAGACAUGGAGGCCCUAACCACCACUUGCCCCUCCCAGACAACUGGAAGGGUCAGGUGGAACCCGAGACUGAAGCUGUGAUCCACUGGAUCCGCUCCUUCAACUUUGUCCUUUCGGCCAAUCUCCACGGAGGAGCCGUGGUGGCCAAUUACCCAUAUGACAAGUCCUUCGAGCAUCGGGUCCGAGGCAUGCGCCGCACUGCCAGUACCCCCACGCCCGAUGACAAGCUUUUCCAGAAGCUGGCCAAGGUGUACUCCUACGCACAUGGAUGGAUGCACCAGGGAUGGAACUGUGGGGAUUACUUCCCGGACGGCAUCACCAAUGGGGCUUCCUGGUAUUCUCUCAGCAAGGGAAUGCAAGACUUUAACUAUCUCCACACCAACUGUUUUGAAAUCACUCUGGAACUGAGCUGUGACAAGUUUCCCCGCCAAGAGGAAUUACAGCGCGAGUGGCUGGGUAAUCGGGAAGCCCUAAUCCAAUUCUUGGAACAGGUACACCAGGGCAUCAAGGGAAUGGUGCUUGAUGAGAAUUAUAAUAACCUUGCGGAGGCUGUCAUUUCUGUUCACGGAAUUAACCAUGAUGUCACUUCGGGUGACCAUGGUGAUUACUUCCGGCUGCUGCUUCCAGGUACCUACACUGUCACCGCCACAGCACCUGGGUUCGACCCAGAGACAUUGACCGUGACCGUGGGUCCUGGGGAACCAAAACUGGUGAACUUCCAUCUCAAGAGAAGCAUCCCUCAGGCAGCCCCUACGAGGAGAGUUCCCAGCCCAGGGCACGGAGGCAGAGUCUUACCAAAGAAAGCGCAGCCCUGGGUCAGCUAGGACCCGGGAUCCGGAGGUGAAGUGGCCCCAGAGAGUCCCUGCCUGAAAGCCACAGCGCUGGGGCGACUGUUAGAAAGGCUUGUUCCUGCCCUCCCAUCAGAUGAAGCAUGCUUUCUAUUUUAUUAUCUGGGACAUAUUUAAAU